UCAGCAAAGUUGAUCUGUUUAAUGCUUCCAGCGCCGCCGUUGCCUUGUAAAAAUUCGACGCUUUUGAUAGCUUGUGGCAUGAGCUUCGGGAUCAAGUUAUGAGAAUCGACAAUGGAGGCCUUAAAUAUCCUCAAUGGUGAUACUGGGGAGGUGUAUUCAUCAAUGAAGGUAGUGACAGCCAUGAUAUUCAAAGGAUUGACAAAUUUCAGUGCACAACAGCAAGGUGAAUUACUUGUCUUAUAGAAAGCUUUAGCUGAAUGAGAAAUCACAGGGAAAAAUAGUAUUUAUAGACCAGAAAAGGGGGAUGUUUUUGUUAGAAUUGUUCUGAAUUUUGUCCCUUGACAGAGACUAAUAUAUACCUUUGCCUGUCCAUAUAUUUGUCAUAUAGACCUUCCAAAUAUUUUACAAAUGGAUAAAUAUUAUUAAGAGAGAGAAUGCGAGUAGAGUUUGUCAUUAAUGGCACCUUAGUGGAAAGAUUUAAUAGCACGAAAAAUAUUUACAUAAGAAAAAGAAGCUAAAAUCUUAUUACUCUUAUAUGGACUCACCUUCUUAGGUGUAUUAUUCUACAUUUCCCCAAAAGAAUAUCCAUUCAUGACGCAACAAAUUUAGAUAUCAAGUGACGAAGGACCGGUGGUGGGAAUUUGCAAAAGUUGGACCAAUCGGGUGUCUUCAUUCAAGCAAGGGCACGGAACAAGAGCAUAACAAAGUGAGAGGCUGGGGGCAAGGAAAAGAUUAAUGCAUACCAAACAUGCACAAUAGAUCUACUAAGGAACAUAGGAAUUAUCAAAUUAAUGUAGUAGGCUUUGUUGCCUGCAGAUUGUUGGGUUUCAGAGAAAACUCCAAAACCAAGAAUAUUCAGAGAAACAAAAAACAGGAUAUGCUGUACUUUCUGAUAUCUUUAUAAUCUGCAUAAACCUAAUACCAUAAAAUUAUCAAGAAAAGAACUUAUAGUUUAUUCUUUAAAUAUCAACAAAUACUAAAGCCCAAAUAUUCUAUUAUACUCCUCGUUCUCAAAGGUAGAGAAAUCUUCAAAACUUAGCCAUGGGUAUCUACUCUUUCAGCGACGAAUAUACUUCUCCUAUUCCUCCAGCAAGAAUUUUUAAAGCAUCAAUUAUAGACUCCCACAAUUUGAUUCCAAAACUCAUGCCACAAGCUAUAAAGAGUAUCAAAUUCAUCCAAGGCAAUGGUGGAACUGGAAGUAUUAAGCAAAUUAAUUUUGCCGAAGGUAGUAACUUCAAUUCUGUGAAAUACUAUAUUGAUGAGCUUGAUGACAGGGAAUUUACAUACAAGUACACACUGAUAGAAGGCGAAGCCUUGAUAGAUAAGCUAGAAAAGAUCACUUAUGAUGUUAAGUUUGAGCCAACACCGGAAGGUGGUACUAUCUCUAAGGUGACUAGCAAAUAUUACACGAAGGGAAGUUUCGAGCUCAAAGAGGAUGACAUCAAGGCUGGGAAGACAAAGGUCUUGGCUAUGUACGAGGCUGUCGAGGCCUACCUUCUUAAGAACCCUGAUGCUUAUGUCUAGAUUUCCUAUUCUCAAUACUUGUUCAGCUGUACUGGCAGUUUUCAUUUUCAUUCAUGUCAAAUAACCUGUUUCUGAAGGACAUUUGCAGAAAUCUUUAAUAAAAUUAGUGUCUUUUCUCGUUA